CCAAAAUUAACAUUCAUACUGCAGAACUCCACUGUCCUCAGCUCCGAGAAGUCCCCCUCUCUGUUUAUUCAUGGCGACUUCUCUGCUUUCUCCGCUCUCAGCUCCGCCGUCAGCCGCCGUAGACAGCAUCCAAGGUCGACAAGCAGGCGUCUUUAAUGCUGGGAUCCCAAACACCUUCCUUCACGGCACCAAGGUCGUCGCUGCUCCACCUCUCUCUUCCGGAAGAUUGAAAGCUCAGAGACGCUUCAAGUCUGCUUAUGCCAAAGCUUCGGACCACGUUCCCAAGCAGUUUAGGCAGGAAAAUCUCAAAGAUGGAUUGAUGGAUAAUUUUAAGAAUGUGCCCCAUUAUCUAUAUGGCCUUUCUCCUACCCAAAUGGACAUGUUCAUGACAGAAGAUAAUCCUGCCAGACGUCAGUCAGAAAAAGUUACAGAGCAAAGCAUCUCAUCUGCCAACAACUACUUGAAUCAUGGAGGGAUGUAUAGCAUUUCAGGCAUGGAUGGCAAGGGCCCUUCACAAUACAGUAUGAGUGUGAGCAUGUAUCGGGGAGGUGCAAGAGGAAAUGGAAGACCCCGAACUGCUCCUCCUGAUCUGCCUUCCUUACUUUUAGAUGCUCGGAUUUGCUAUUUGGGCAUGCCCAUUGUACCAGCAGUAACUGAGCUUCUUGUCGCUCAGUUUAUGUGGUUGGAUUAUGAUAACCCUUCUAAACCUAUAUACUUGUACAUAAAUUCAUCGGGGACACAGAAUGAGAAGAUGGAGAGUGUUGGAUCUGAAACCGAAGCAUAUGCGAUAGCUGACAUGAUGAGUUAUGUCAAAUCAGACGUGUAUACUGUGAAUUGUGGCAUGGCAUAUGGUCAAGCCGCACUGCUUCUGUCACUUGGAGCAAAGGGUUAUCGUGCUGUACAGCCAAAUUCCUCCACAAAAUUAUAUUUACCAAAGGUCAGCAGGUCAAGUGGGUCAGUCAUCGACAUGUGGAUUAAGGCCAAGGAAUUGGAUGCAAACACGGAGUAUUACAUUGAGUUGCUUGCAAAAGGAACAGGGAAGUCCAAGGAAGAACUAUCUAAAGAUGUCCGGCGGCCCAAGUAUUUUCAAGCACAAGAAGCCAUAGAGUACGGAAUUGUAGACAAGAUAAUAGAUUCACGUGAUGCAGCAUUUGAGAAACGGAAUUACGACGAGAUGCUUUCUCAAUCGAGAGCUAUGAGGAGAGGAGCAGUGGGUGGUCCACAAGCAGCUCCAUCUGGAUUUAGGUGAUUGCAAAGAAAUAAAUAUACAAAGGAAGGAUUUGAGCUAGCCCUCUCGUCUCUUCCGUAGCUAGUGCAUUGGAGCCGGGUUCUGGCUUAAGACAGCGAUUACAACGACCCAUUUUGUGAUGCUUCUGAUCCCGUAUAUGCAGGUAGUUUCGGGAAAGACUUAUGUCAAAUAACCUAUGGAAUGUUGUCUCCCGGGAAACAAACAGCUUGUAGAACCAAAACUAUUUAGAAAGCGCGUUCAGCGUUUACUCGAGGGUAUCAUACACCUUGUAUUUAUGCCGAUACUUUCGAGUAACGACUUUAUUUUUAUGUUAUUUUUGGAAGAAUUUGGUUACCAUA